AUGCCGUCCGUCAACAUUCUCAAGUUUGGGGUAUCGUCGCCCGCCGAUGUAACGCCCAUCCAAGGGCUUUUGAGGGCUGGCUACGACCCGUCCCAGGUUCUCGCACUGAUUGGCAAAUCGGAAGGCAAUGGGUGUGUCAACGACUUCUCCCGUACGCUGAGCGCGAUGGUCUGGGAGCCGAUGUUGCCCAAGGACUCCGUCACGGUGUUCUCCGGAGGCACAGAGGGCGUUAUCAGCCCGCAUGUCACCUUUCUCGUGAAGGAGCACGGGGGCGCCAAUACGGGUCUGCUCGCUACCGUUGGCCGGACCCGAAAGCUGGAUCCUCAUGAGAUCGGGACUGCCGACCACGCCCGUGAAGUUGCCGUUUUGGUCAAGUGUCCACUCCUCACAACGAACAAGCUCCAGGAGAUACGUGCCGCAGGGAAGACACCUCCAACAUCAGACACGUACCAGUCCAUGGCCAAGUCACGAUAUGCGAGUGCCGUUGGCGUGGCUGUUGCAUUGGGAGAAGUGGCAGAGGGCGAAGUCGACGCUGCCAUUGAGUCGGGCACCACGUGGAGCGCGGCUGCCAGUUGCAGCUCAGGGGCAGAGCUGGAAGAUUGCCACAUCCUAGUGUUGGCAUCGUCGCCUGAGCCAGGCCGGUUGAGGGCGACAUCCACAUUCAUGGAAGACGCCAUUGACGGCAGAGCGGUUGUGGAGGCCCUGGGGGAGGUGAACCGUGACCAAGGCCAGGUCUUGCAAGUGUUUGUGAAAGCCGAGGCGGAUCCGACAGGGGAGAUCAGGGGUAAACGUCACACCAUGAACACGGACAGCGAUAUCCUGAGCACUCGACAUGCUAGAGCUGCAGUUGGUGGCCUUGUCGCUGGACUCACGGGUGAUACUCAAUUGUAUGUAAGCGGUGGAGCUGAGGGACAAGGCCCACCGGGAGGAGGGAGCUUUUGCUUGGUAUACACCUGCCCAGAAUAA